ACUAAAAUCUUUCUUUGUUGUUGCUUCUGCACAGUGUGAAACAACUAUUAUGUCAUCUGCAGGUCUCCAGAUUUUGGGCGUUUUCCUGGGAACCAUUGGCUUCCUGGGAGAUAUCAUCAUCUGCGCUUUGCCUAUGUGGAAGGUGUCUGCUUUCAUUGGGAACAACAUAGUAACCGCGCAAACAUUUUGGGAGGGCCUGUGGAUGAACUGUGUGAUGCAGAGCACUGGACAGAUGCAGUGCAAGGUCUAUGACUCCCUGCUGGCCCUCCCCUCUGACUUGCAGGCGGCCCGGGCCCUGAUUGUGAUCUCCAUCCUGGUCGUCUUGAUGGGAAUCCUGCUUUCUUUUGCAGGGGGAAAAUGCACCAACUGCGUUGAAGAUGAGGGGGCCAAGAGCAAGGUAGCCAUUGCUGCUGGAGUGUUCUUCAUUGUCGGUGGUAUUCUGUGCCUGAUCCCCGUGUCUUGGUCUGCUAACAUGGUCAUCAGUGACUUCUACAACCCCCUUUUGGGCGACCCACAGAGGAGGGAGCUCGGAGCGUCUCUGUUCAUCGGUUGGGGAUCAGCAGGACUCCUGUUGAUUGGAGGAGCUCUUCUCUGCUGCCAUUGUCCGCAGCCUAAGGAUGGUGGCUACUCUGUCAAAUAUUCUGCCCCACGCACAGCAGCCAGUGGAGGAGCCUAUGUUUAAAAUGUCUUCAUGCUUGUCAUACUCUAACUGGACUGAAUUAUUUUUAAAUGUAAUUUUUUA